UGCUCUUGUGUAAACGUCGUCGGAAGACUCGGGACGUUUUCAUUGGCCGCGGCAGGGAGAGAAGAGGAGGAGGAGGAGGUGGAGAGACUGGCACGAAUUCCUCAGCGCUCCUCAAAUUUCUUGUAAUCAUACGGACCUCCUGCUCGCCUCCGCCCCGACGCACAUCCAGACCGGCUCCUCUCCUCCACCCACAUAUCCGAGCCGAGCUACUGAAACGAUGUUGCGAAGUGUCGCCGUCCUCCUCCUGCUGGCCCUGGCUGCCUGUAACGCGCAGGAGCUGCAGAGCAAGAGCAAAGUGUGUGCCAAUGUGUUCUGUGGGGCCGGCAGAGAGUGUACCGUUACAGAGAAAGGGGAGCCCAGCUGUCUGUGUAUAGAGAGCUGUAAGCCCCACAAGAGGUCAGUGUGUGGCAGCAAUAGUAAGACUUACAGGAAUCACUGUGAGCUCCACAGGGAUGCUUGUCUGACUGGCUUGAAGAUCCAGGUGGCCCAUGACGGACACUGCCACGAGAAGAAAACAGAACAGGCAGCUGAAAGCCCAGUGGUUUGCUAUGCUGCUGACCGCAAUGAGCUGAGGGGUCGUGUGAUCCAGUGGCUGCAGACGGAGGUCGUCCCAGACGGCUGGUUUGUCAAGGGAUCCAACUUCUCUGACAUCCUGCUCAAAUACUUUAAGUCGCACGACAAUGGGGAUUCUCAGCUGGACUCCUCAGAGCUGCUCAAGUUCAUCCAGCAAAACGAUUCGGUUGUGGAGUUGCAGUCCUACGCCGACCAGGAGAGCAACAAGCUGCUCAGGAGCCUGUGUGUCGAUGCCCUCAUUGAGCUCUCCGAUGAGAACGCUGACUGGAAGCUGAGCUUUGAUGAGUUCCUCAACUGCCUGAAGCCUGGCUUCAAUCCACCAGAGAAGAAAUGUGCCUUGGAGGACGAGACAUAUGAGGAUGGAGCGGAGACACAGGUCGAGUGUAACCGCUGUGUUUGUGCAUGCGGCAACUGGGUCUGCACUGCGAUGACCUGCACUGACAAAACGGCAGCUCUGGAUGAGACAGCAGAUGCCGGGGCAGAGAUGAGUGAGGAGGAGUGGAACCUACGUGUGGCCGAGCUCAACAAGCACCAGGAAACCGUCGAGAAGAUGAAGAGCAGCACCAAGGAGGCCUAAAUAAGGACGCGAUAAACGAGAGGACGCACGUCAUCACCCUUCCUCCAUACUUGAUUUACCUUGCGGCCAUGUGUUGUUAUUCAACUGUCUUUUUUUUAAUGUUUCUCUGCUCUGUUAAUUAUUAUACAUUUUCUACCAUGUUUCAGUGUUUGUGUUGAUGUUUGUUAGAUUCAGGGGCUAUCAAAGAUUAUCAAAGGAUCCCCUUGUGUUCAGUAUUGUCAUACUUCAUCGUAUUACUCCGCCUCUACACUAGCCCCAGGGCUAUUUUUACUACAAUCUUUAUAUAUUUUUUACAGUUAUUAAGAAACUAAACCUGUCAAGUUGUCACUGUGUUGGAAUAUGGAAGUUGUUGUUGUUUGAAAAGGUAAGGAGCUAGGAGAAUCCACCUGUUGAAAUGAGGUCUCCACACCCUCAAAUGUGCCUUAAAGGCACAGUAGCUUGGUUAAAGAAGCUGGGACACGAGGGUAAAGCUACCAGUGAUGUUGAUGUUGAUGCCAUUUAGAACUGCCACAGUAGGCCACUACUUGACCAAUGCACUUCUCGUUUUCUCUCUCUAUAGUUUCUUAGGCAUUAGUUUAGCACAAGCCUGAAUUUUGUUUGUAUCUUAGUAAUAAUUUUGCUCCAAAGUAGUUUGCUUCUAUGUAAAGUAUGUAAUCGGCUUGCGUUGGAACUCACCUUGUUCCCAUGUCUCUCUUGUGAUUUUCGGUUAAACAUGUGUGUAACAUUUUGAGACAAAGACGUAGUGGUCCAGCUUUGGAGGAGCACAACCGCAUCCAGGAGAGACCUGGUCUUUGAAUAUAGCAUGAUGAAAAAAAAAACUGAAACCAAAGUCUUAAAGUUUUUGAAUAAUGAACAAAAUUCUCCAGGUAAAACAUUACUCUGGACCCAGCAACAACACGAUACCUGUGCUUUCAAAAUCACUCUUAAUAACAGAAGGACUAGCCUCACUGUCAGCUGAAGUAGUGUAGACGCAUCAAUAACUGGGUGCAUAUAAGUUAUGUGUGCUUGUGCGCGAUUGUGUGUGUGUGUGGUGUUAACGUGUGAUGCUGAGAGUAGUUUGGUUUGUCGAAUGUGUUGAAUUGUUUAAAUCCUCCAUCUUAUUUAGGAGGAUUGACAAUGAAAAUCAGUGCCUUAGACCUGCAAAAAGUAUAGGUCUCUACCUUUGCCUGCACGUGGGCUUUAAUGCCACGUAGCAUUGAAAGAGUGAGUGUGCUUGGCUGAAGUUUAGCAGUAAACUAUAGUGCUUUGUUUAUGUCUGCGUGAAAGCUGCAUUACAAAGUUCAAGCUAAAUCUUUAUAUUCCACUUAAAGUGCAGUGACUGUAAGGAAUAUGUAUGUACGCCAAUAAAGCCCAUACACCACAA